AUGGUCAAAUCGUACUUGAAGACCUUCGAAUCAGUCUAUCGAAUCCUUCACGUGCCCACUUUCUGGCAUGAAUAUCAACAACUCUGGACUGGCGACCGCAUCGAUCUGGAUGUGCAACUGAAAAUCUUCCUUGUCAUUGCGAUAGGAUCCAGCAUCUUCCAGAGUCGCGACACCGCUCUCGAGGGUAAAGUACACCAGUGGAUCAGUGCUGCUCAAAAUUGGCUUUCUGGCCCCUUGGAGAAAGAUAGAUUGACCAUCACGGGGCUUCAAGUAUAUUGCUUGACUUUGUUGGCACGGCAAAUCUUCAGUAUUGGAGGCGAUCUGAUAUGGAUCUCUUCUGGUUCGUUAGUGAAUCAAGCCAUGCAGAUGGGCUUGCAUCGGGACCCUAGGCAUUUCGCUGCGAUGAGCGUAUUGCAAGCCGAACUCCGGAGAAGACUCUGGGCUACAGUACUGGAAAUCGCUCUACAAUCGUCAUUGGACACGGCGAUGUCCCCGAGAAUCUCCGUGGGCGAUUUCGACACUGCGCCACCUGCCAAUAUCAACGAUGAUGAUCUUGAUGAGUCGACGACGAACUUGAAUUUAUACUCGGCUGAAACGUACACCAUGACAUCAGAUCAAUUGCUACUAUUCCGUUCGAUGCCGGUUCGCUUGCGGGCAUUACAUUUCCUGAAUGAUUUUGGAUCCGAGCAGUCGUACCUCGAGGCUCUGGAACUGACAAAGGAGAUACUUGAUGCGUGCAAAUCAUCUAGCGCGUUCCUUGCCCGAUGCGAGGUGUCGACCUUCCGCCGGAACCUACUUGAUUAUUUGCAACGCCGCUUUCUUCUACCGCUUCACUGUUCAUUCGCCAAUCAAGCACGGGCGCAACCACUCUUCUACUACUCCUUGAAAGUCAGUCUUGAUGCCGCUAUCGCCAUAAUUGCACCGCCUUCAGACGAGGAAUACUCUCGACUACUGCAAGUCGGCGGUGGAUUGUUUAGAGAAGGAUUGAGAUAUGCAUCCAUCACUAUUGGCUUAGAAGUGCUCUCCCAAGCAGAAUCCGCGCGGGAAAACAGUCCUUCGCAGCCUGAUAGCCAUCGGGGCUGGGCUAAGGCUAUGCUCAAAAGAAUGAUUGAUCAGUCGCUCGAGCGCAUUUGCUCAGGCGAGACUAAUGUCAAGAACCACAUGUUCUUGAGUAUGGUACUGGCUCAGGCCGGAGCACUGGAAGCUGGAGAACCAUCCAGGCUGAAGCUGGCACAGGCUGCACACGACAGCCUGGAAUAUUGUAAUAGGCUACUGCAGAGCCGGGUCGCAGCUUUGCCGUUAAUCGAAUGCCUGGGUAUGGGUGCCGCUACCAGUACUUCGGAUGAACUCGGUGACUUUGGCCUCGACCUGGAUUUCGAUUAUUUCAUGCUGAAUGGAAUCUAG